GUCAGCUUUAAUCAACAGCCCCAAGUCUGAAGUGUCACAGAACCAACAGAGAGCCGACGAAGAUGGACGUAGUCCUGCUGCUCCUCAUGGCUGCAUCAGGGCUGAGCGCCGUCUCAGCAGAGUUCCUUCGCCGGCUCUAUUUUGUUAGUACACAGAGGAACAUGACUGAAGCUCAGAGGUACUGCAGAGAAAAAUACAUUGACCUGGCAACUAUAAAAAGCACGCAGAGCGUGAGCUUCCUGAACAGCACGGCAGCUAACUUUUACUGGAUCGGGCUGUAUGAUGACGUGAACAGCUGGAGGUGGUCACUGUCAGACACCAGAUUCUACAGAAACGGGGAGACAGAGUUCAGACAGUGGGGGACUCAACAACCAGACAACCUUAACAGCACAGACUCGCUUUAG